AUGGUUUAUUGCGGCAAGGCCUCUCAAGGCUGUCAAAACUGUCGGACUCGCCGUAUUAAGUGCGACAAGGUGAAGCCAGAAUGCUCCCAAUGCAUUCGAGUCGGCAAGAAAUGCCCCGGCUAUCGGGACCAGCUCUCUCUCAUGUUUCGCGACGAAAGUACCAAGGUUAUUAAGAAAGCCCACGCCCAAUGGGGGGUUCCUGAAGGCUCCGAGAACGGUUCUACUCGGCCAGUCGCGUCAACCGCCCCUUCCCCGCCAUCCUCAUCGCCAGCUUACAGUCGAAAGAGCACGCCAACUAGUACGGUAGUCGCAUCACGAGUAGACAAAACGGCUACAUCACCAGCAUCCAUCUCCACGUCACCCGCCUCAACACAUCGAUCUGCAGGCUCAGCAUCUCCAAUAGCGUUCCCAGCUGUCAAACAAGAGCCUGGCCGCGAUAGCAGCCCGUUGACCAUACACGUCGGCCCCAGCCUAGAAGAGCAGGGCCUACAGUUUUAUGUCAAUCGAUAUUUGGUGGGACACCCGGACGAGCCGAAAUCUGCGAAUGAUCUUGCCGCUGAACCUUGGUUAUGGCACCCAGCGUUGCAAGACGUCAUGUGCGCUGUGGGCCUCGCUGGGCUUUACAAUCUAACAGGUAAUAUGGAAAUGAUGGCGACAGCUAGGGAGAAAUAUGGUUCAGCACUCCGCCAAACGGGGAACUUGAUUCGCCCACCACAUACUCCGAGUAUAGACGUGACGAUGAGGGCUGUAGUGGCACUUGCCAUGUUCGAAGUAGUCGUGAAAGGAACCCACCACUCCACUGGCACCGUACAUGCGCACGUUAUGGGUGGUGCCGCGUUGAUGAGAAGCUGGUGCCCGAUGCCUAGUGUGCCGUUUGGAGGGUUUAGAGCGUUGUUGCAACUGUGCUACUCAAUGUUUAUUCCCCUUCAUGUAGCUGGCCUGCCUAUACCCCCAGACUUCUACGACUGGGUCUCGUAUGGUUCACAGAUGCAAUGGCCUAUUGAUCGGCCAUCGACUGAUCUAGCUAUUUUGAUUGCCCGCUUUGUCGAGAUCUCUUCAUUUAUUCAUAACCACGUCAUUAGCGACGGCAAGCCAAAAACGGUCAACGUUAUCCAGCAGCUUCUUGACCUCGAUAUCGACCUGGCGGCUUGGACAGCAGGGCUAACUGGAGAGUGGGAGUAUCGUGUCGUCCACGCAACACAUCUGCCAUCAAAAGCAGUCUUUGAGGGCGAGUACCACAAAUAUCACGAUGUUUGGACCGCCCGGAUUUGGAACUACUAUCGAUGGGCCCGGCUACUGGUUAACCAGACCUUACUGGACUUGGCAAACCAAAAUCCUAUCUCUAGCUUGUCUCUGUUAUCGGCGGCGGCGCGAGAAAAGGUGCUGAGGACCAUACGAGACCUAGCAAGAGACACACUUGUGAGCGCACCCACGCAUUGGCGGCACCCAGUCCUAGACAAGACUGCACAAGUUACGGUAGAAAGCCCGGGAGGAGGAGGAGCUGGAUCGGCAGGACUGCCAGCAUUAUUGUUUCAUUUAAAGGUGGCAGGGUGUGCUCCUGGCGUUCCCAAAGAAUACUGGGAAUGGUCAUUGGCUGUCAUUCAGACGAUUUGGAGUGAUAUGGGUAUGUUGCAUGCGCGAUCAAUGAUGGAGGCCAUGAGAGCACACGAAGACACUAUGCAAAGAGCUGGAGCAGCAGGCAUUUUGGCAGACGACUGGUAA